CUCUCCGCCCCGCCCCGUCCUCUGACUCCACUCAUCCGGGUCCUGCUGGAGCAAAUACCAGGCGCUCCAAACCGGAACUCGUCCUCCAGACUGGAAAACAAACGGCUGUCAGUGAAGUGGUGGAGUUUAAAACAUGGAAAAGAAGAACCUACUCGGGUGAAACCAUCGUAACCAGUGACCGCUCGGAGUGUUUCUGCGGGACGCGGUGCGUGGUGCCGUCACAACCCGUCCGGUCCCGGGUCGUGAUGGCGGGGCUGAUCCGGAGAUGUCUGGGCCACCUGAGGCGGUGGCUGAAGGUGGACCUGCUCCGGGAGGCGGGCCGCCAGUACCCGCUGUCCUGCUGCGUACUGUCCUCCCUGCUGUUGCUCACCGUGCUGCUCAACAGGUACAUCCACAUUCUGUUGGUGUUCUGGUCCUUCCUGGCGGGCGUCACUACCUUCUACUGCUCCCUCGGGCCCGGCUCCCUGCUGCCCAACGUCCUCUUCACCGAUAGGCCCCGCAGCAAGCGGCCGCUGCAGCAGGAGCUGUUCCCGCUUGGCAGCAGUUGCGCCGUCUGCGGCAAGGUGCGCUGUAAACGACACCGGCCCACGCUGCUCUUGGAGAACUAUCAGCCCUGGUUGGACCUGAAGGUCCACUCCAAGGUGGACGCCUCCAUCGCCGAGGUGUUUGAGCUGGUGCUGGAAAACUUUGUGUACCCGUGGUACAGGGACAUCACAGACGAUGAGGCCUGUGUGGACGAGCUCAGGGUGACCUUCCGCUUCUUCGCGUCCGUGGUGGUGCGGCGAGCGCAGAAGGUGGACAUCCCGUCCGUGUUUGCGGACAAGGUGAUGACGGCGGUGCUGAAGCACAUCGAGGUGAUGAGCCGGGUGCAGCAGAGAGGCCCCGGGGGGGAGGGCCUCCAGCAGGCCGUCCUGGAGGCCUACGGGGCCGACCUCCACCUGGCGCUGCGGAGCCGGCGGGAGGAGCUGCUGUACCUCCGCAGUCUGGCCCAGCUGCUAUUCAGCCAUGUGCUGCCGCCCAAGGCCACCGGCUGCAGGUCUCUGGCUCUGCUGCUCCGGGAGGUGGUCUCGGGCUCGGUCAUGCUGCCCACCAUGGACUUCUUGGCCGACCCGGACACGCUGAACCUCAUGGUGCUGCUGCUGGUGGACGACGGCCCGCUGGAGGAGCCCAGCGAGCCCCCCUCCGCCCUGGUCCCCUUCCUGCAGCGCUACGCAGAGGUCCGCAACAAGAAGGCCUCGGUCCUGAAGCUGGAGCUCAAGGAGAUCCGGGAGCAGCAGGACCUUCUGUUCCGCUUCAUGAACUUCCUGAAGCAGGAGGGUGCCGUGCACGUGCUGCAGUUCUGCCUCAGCGUGGAGGAGUUCAACGACCGCAUCCUGAGGCCGGAGCUGAGUGAGGAGCAGCUGCAGGCGCUGCACGGGGAGGUGCAGCACCUGCACCAGGCCUACUGCCUGGACCACAGCCCCGACAAGAUACGCCUCCAGCCCGCCAUCGUGGAGGAGAUCCAAAACAUCGCGGAGGGCCCGUACCCGGGCGUGGUGCGGCUGCAGACGCUGCCCUGCCUGUUCCAGGCCUACGAGCACGUCCUGUCUCUGCUGGAGGACGUCUUCACGCCCAUGUUCUGCCACAGCGACGAGUACUUCAGGUACCUGCUGAAGGGGGCGGAGUCUCCCACCAGGAACUCUAAACUCACCAGGAAUAGCUUGAGUUUGGACGAGCUGAGGAACGCGUCGAAGCGCGGCGAGGCGUUUGGGAUCACCCGCCUCGGCAGUAAGAUCCGGGGGGUCUUCAAGAACACGACCAUGGAGGGCUCCAUGCUGCCCGAGGGUGCCGUCACCGACCCCGACGAGGCCGUGGAGGAGGCCACGGUGGUGAUGGAGGACGACGGGCCGGCGGAGGUGGCGAGCUCGGCGGGCUCCUUGAGGAACCUGUCGGCGUGGGGCAUCAGCAUCCCCUACGUGGAUCUCCAUGACGACGAGGCCAAGAGGGAGCGGGUCCCCGUGUUCUGCAUCGACGUGGAGCGCCACGACCGCCAGGAAGUUGGACAUGAGCCAGAGAAGUGGUCCGUGCUGAGAAGAUACCUGGAGUUCUAUGUUCUAGAGUCCAAACUCACCGAGUUCCACGGCUCUUUUGCUGACGCUCAGCUUCCCUCCAAGCGGAUCAUCGGACCCAAGAACUACGAGUUCCUGGUGUCCAAGAAGGACGAGUUUGAGGAGUAUCUGCAGAGGCUGGUGCAGCACCCGGAGCUCUGCAACAGCCAGCUCCUGGCCGACUUCCUGUCUCCCUACAGCAUGGAGUCGCAGUUCCUGGAGCGCAUGCUGCCAGACGUCAACCUGGGGAAGAUCUUCAAGUCAGUCCCUGGGAAGCUCACCAAAGAGCGAGGUCAGAACCUGGAUCCCUUCCUGCAGUCAUUCUUCAACUCGUGCGAGUCGCCCAAACCCAAACCCAGCCGCCCGGAGCUCACCAUCAUCAGCCCCACAGCGGACGACAAGAAGCUCCUCAGCCCGCUGUUCCAGAACAACGCCAACCUGGCGGACGGCGCGGACCGACGGCAGAACCAGAACCUCUUCAUGGAGAUGGUGUCCGUCAGCGGGCUGUACGACCACAUGAUGCACCUCGGGCGACAGGUGUUCCGGAUGCCCGACUGGCUGCACCACAUGUUGAGCGCGGGCCGGAUCCUCUUCAAGAAGUCCUUCGAGGCGUACAUGGACCAGUACCUCCAGGGCAGGGUGGACACGCUGCUGCAGGAGCACCGGCUGGUGUCGCUCAUCACCCAGCUCCGAGACGCGGUGUUCUGCGAAGGCAGUGAGGAGAGGAGUCCGGAGGAGCGACAGAAACGCGCCAAGCAGACGUUUGAGGAGAUGAUGAAGUAUUUACCAGAUGUGGUGGAGAAGUGUAUCGGUCCGGAGAAUAAGUACGAGGGGAUGCGCCUGCUGUUCGACGGCCUGCAGCAACCCCUCCUCAACAAGCAGAUGUCCUACGUUCUGCUGGACAUCGCCGUUCAGGAGCUCUUCCCGGAGCUGUCCGGCUGAGGGGUGUCCCUCGCCCCGGCUGAGGGGUGUCCCUCUCCCCGGCUGAGGGGUGUCCCUCUCCCCGGCUGAGGGGUGUCCCUCGCCCCGGCUGAGGGGUGUCCCUCUCCCCAGAGCCAUCCCCACAUUCCACUGUACAUUAACACUCAAAUAAACACUUUAUUUAUUGACUUAACGAAGGCUGCCUGGUGUCUGUCUGUAGUGGGACCAGUACUGUGAGGAUAAUACCAGUACUCUGAUGAUGAUACCAGUACCUCACCAGUACUGUGAGGAUAAUACCAGUACUUUGAUGAUGAUACCAGUACCUCACCAGUACUGUGAGGAUAAUACCAGUACUCUGAUGAUGAUACCAGUACCUCACCAGUACUUUGAUGAUGAUACCAGUACUGAGGUGGUAAUACCAGUACUUUGAUGAUACCAGUACUGAGGUGAUAAUACCAGUACCACACCAGUACUUUGAUGAUGAUACCAGUACUGUGGGGAUAAUACCAGUACUGCACCAGUACUGUGAUGAUAAUACCAGUACUCUGAUGAUAAUACCAGUACUGUUGUGCUGAUUCAGGUACCGUACCAGUACUCUGAUGACAAUACCAGUACUGUACCAGUAAUGUGACACCAACAUCCCUAUGGUGAUGUCUGUGGUUCUGCCCCAUGUGGUGCUCUGGUCAAAGCACAGUGCAUCCUGGUUAUUGGUUAACCAGUGGGAGUUGAACCCCCAACCUGGCUGUGUCAUGCUCUACGAUUCUUUUAAUAUUUGCUCUGAUGUUAUUCUGUCACGCCCUUCACGGGCUGCCAGCUUCGCUUUAGCAGGUCCAGAUAGUUAAUCUGUUGCCAAGCAACAACUUAACAACAGCCUCAUAGCAACUGUCACAUCAUGAUGAUCCGUUCCAGCCUCUCUCC